CGACUUCGGAGCAGUGGCAGUUGGCCAUUGGCUGGGCAAGCGGCACUUCAGCAGGGCAGCGCACACCCAUGCUCAGUCAGCAGCACGCCUGAAGUAACGUGAACAUCUCCCUUCCCUGGGCUCAUCAUCCCGAAUCCGCUUUGCAGUCGCAGACCCGACGUUUCCAUCAAUGUGCAGCCUGGAGGUUAUCACAGAGAUUUUUGCUGUCAUCUGCUUUCUGCUUCACAUCGCUGCUCUGUCCUCAGAGCACUGGCUAACGAACGUCAAUGCGCACAUGGGGCUGUGGGCAGGUUGCCAUGGAACACAGUGUGUGUUGUUCGGGAUACAAGUUCCACCUUACAUGCAGGCUACCCGAACCUUGAUGUUGUUGGCGUUGUUAGCUGGAAGCUUCUCUUUGUUUAGCAUUACUUCCAUCUUCUUCCAGUGCCCCUUUGGCUGCAUCUCCAAACCAAGGAUCUCAACAAUAUUCAGCACCAUCGCAGGCUUAUUUGUUCUGAUUUCUGUAUGCGUCUUCACCAGCCAUAUGCGACCAACUGAUAAUUCGGGGUGGUCCCUGUACUUGGCCUGGGCCUCAAUUCCUCUGUGCCUUAUAACUGGUGGGACUGCUUUGGUAUUAGAUACUGCGAUGUUAGACUGAGCAGGAGGAUGUGACUGUUCUGCCAUUUCCGAUGACGUCUGAAGCUACAUUGAUAAGGUGUGGUGCAGAGAUAGCCUGCACUGGGAGCGAGCUGGACCUGGAAGAAGAAGCUGUAUUUUUUCCUUAGUGGCAGAAUUAAUGGAUUAUUUGCCCCCCCCCAUUAUAAUAUUAUUGCUAUAUAUUUUGGAAA